CAUGACGUCACUGUAUUUCUUAGUAAGUCCCGUUAGUGAAGCGUGGAUCGAACCGACCGGAUAAACGGGUUGAACCAAUCGAAGCGCGGCGGCGGCUCUCUGAAGUUCACAGAAGAACCAAAAGCCCAACAGAUUAUUUUGGGAUAUUCAGAGCGCGCUCAAAACGAUCCCGGAGACGAUGGCGAAGAGGCCGCUGAUCAUCGACACGGACUGCGGCAUCGACGACGCCCAGGCCAUCAUGAUGGCGCUGGCGGCGCCCGACAUCCGGGUGCUGGCCGUCACCUGCGUGUUCGGGAACACGUCCGUGGAGAACGUGUGUCAGAACGUUCUGAGGGUGCUCGACGUCUGUGAGCGCCAGGAGAUCCCCGUGUUUCGGGGCUCUGGGGGGCCGCUGGUCGGGGCCAGCAGCCAGGCGAGGGACCACUUUGGAACCGAUGGACUCGGCGACGUGUUCAAAGACCAGGACCCGCAGUGGGAGCAGAAGAUCCAGAAGGAGCAUGCGGUCAAUGCGAUGAUCAGGCUGGUGAACGAAAACCAGAAGCAGGUCUCCCUGGUGGCUCUUGGACCGCUCACUAAUCUGGCUCUGGCUGUCAGACUGGAUCCAGGUUUUCCCCAGAAGCUCAAAGACCUGUUCAUUAUGGGUGGCAACAUGGAAGGAAAGGGGAACGUGUCGCUGUGUGCAGAGUUUAACUUUGCGAUGGACGCCGAGUCCGCCUACGUGGUGCUGGAGGACUUCCUGUGCCCCACCUACCUGGCCUCCUGGGAGUUCGCCUGCAGGAACGCGCUGACGUGGGACUUCUUCAACCAGCUGGUCAGUCAGAACGCGCCGGCGGCCGUCUUCAUGAGGACCGUGACCUCCCGGUGCUGGGCCUUCUCCCAGGAGGCCUCGCGGAACAAGAGGGACGUGCACUUCGGCCCGGGCUUCGUCUCCUACGACGCGUACGCCAUGGCCGCCUGCAUCGACGGCAGCGUGGUGACGGAGAGCAUCGAGUGCCCGGUCCGGGUGGAGCUGCAGGGCUCCAUGUCCCGCGGCAUGGUGGUGCUGGACCGCACCGACGAGCUGAAGAAGAGCCACAACGUGUUCGUGCUCACCAAGUGCGACGCCGAGAAGUUCAGGCGCCUCCUGGUGGAGUCCGUCAGGCAGCCGAGGAGAUGAGGCGCAGUUCUGAUUAAAAUGAGUUAUUCACGUUC